CACUCCGUAGCCAGUCACAACUGGCAGUGACCACAACCACGGCAGCCAUGUUUCAUCUCCACCACUUUCUCCUCGUCGCCGUUCUGCUCGCGGCGGCGCCGCCCCCAGCCCACCCCCUCACCGAGCUCGAGUCCUCCCAAAUCCGGCGCUUCCAGGACUACCUCCGCAUCCGCACCGCCCACCCCACCCCGGACUACGCCGGCGCCGCCGCCUUCCUCCUCCCCUACGCCGCGUCCCUCGGCCUCGGCACCACCACGCUCCACUUCACCGCCUGCAAGUCCAAGCCCCUCCUCCUCCUCACCUGGCCGGGCACCGACCCGUCCCUCCCUUCCAUCCUCCUCAACUCCCACAUCGACUCCGUCCCGGCGGAGCCCGAGCACUGGAUCCACCCUCCCUACGCCGCGCACCACGACCCCGCCACCGGCCGCGUCUACGCGCGCGGCGCGCAGGAUGACAAGUGCCUCCCCAUCCAGUACCUCGAGGCCAUCCGCGGCCUCCGGGCCGCCGGCUUCGCCCCCACCCGCACCGUCCACGUCUCGCUCGUCCCCGACGAGGAGAUCGGCGGCGAAGACGGCCACGAGAAGUUCGUCCAGUCGGACGAGUUCCGCGCCCUCGAUGUAGGCUUCAUGCUCGACGAGGGGCAGGCGUCGCUGACGGACGAGUACAGGGUUUUCUAUGCGGACAGGCUGGUGUGGAAGCUGAUCGUCAAGGCUACGGGCGCUCCAGGGCAUGGGUCCAAGAUGUUCGACGGUGCCGCUGUGGGGAAUUUGAUGGAUGUCAUCGAGACCGUGGCUGGGUUCAGGGAGGCGCAGUUCGGGAAGGUGAAGGCUGGGAAGAGCGGUCCCGGAGAGGUGGUGUCUGUGAAUCCUGUGUACAUGAAUGCUGGCACACCGAGCCCCACGGGCUUUGUGAUGAAUAUGCAACCUUCAGAAGCAGAGGUGGGUUUUGACCUCCGGCUUCCUCCAACCGAAGAUAUUGAACAGAUCAUAAGAAGAAUCAAAGAAGAAUGGGCACCUGCUCACAAAAACUUGACUUACCAGCUGAUGAUGAAAGGACCAGUGAGGGAUGUGGCAGGACGUCCCUUGGUUACAUUAACCAAUGAAUCAAACCCAUGGUGGUCUGUGUUUGAACAGGCUAUCAUCUCUUCUGGUGGAAAACUAGCCAAGCCUGAGAUCUUAUCUUCAACCACGGAUGCCCGAUUCGUGAGGCAGAUGGGUGUUCCAGCACUGGGAUUUUCUCCAAUGACAAAUACUCCAAUAUUACUUCACGAUCAUAACGAGUUUCUGGAGGAUAAAGUGUUCCUGAGGGGCAUCGAAGUUUACCAACAUCUUAUAAGAGCGCUAAGCUCCUUCAAAGGCUGAUUCAAAAUAGGCACAUGAAGUGUACAAUUGGUGUAUUCCCAUCCCUUGUAAAUCAAAUGUAGUCAAGGGAAGUCACACACCCACAGCUAUCAUGCUCCAACCUACAAGCUGUACUCUCGGUCUCAACCACGACAGAAUAAACUUGUCUGAAAUAAGGAAGAUCUGCUAAAGAUUGAAGUAGAUUUAUUUGUGUAUAACGUACAUACGGAGCUACAGGAUGUAAUUAGAUGACUUUAUAUCCAUGUCUGAGUUGAUAUCUAUUGAUUUGGAGUA